AUGCUUAAAUCGAGCAUUUCGCUAAUGGUUCAUAAGCGGUUAUUAUCGUCGGCGCUCUACUUAACCGGCGAUAAAGCGCGGGAACAAUUUGCCGUCUUAGUGCCAUAUCUCGAUUUCGAUCACAAAUUGGGUGAUUUCGAACGUUUGAAACAAAAUGUACGGCUUAGGAAACACCCACUGGAUUGCGAUAAUCUUCAACAACAGUGGCAAUUGUACCGAGACGUAGAAAGACGUAAAAAAGAUAUUGAACAGUGUCGCAUAGACCUCCAGAAACAGAUCCAACAGUCGACCUGCAAGGAAGAGCAGAAGCAGCUUAAAGCGCGCGCCGUUCUUGCUCGUGAUGAUUUGAAAAUGUUGAAAGAACACAGCUACAAAGUGGCCGAUGCGUUCAUUGCCAACAGUUUCCUAACCAUUCCUAAUGAUCUACACGAACGGACUCCAGAAAACGAGCAAAAAUGCAUCUAUGAAAGACCAGCAUGUGAGAGGAAAAGUAGAGAAAACGCCAAUAGAACUGCCCUAGAGCAACAACUUGAACAAUUCAGCAACAAUUGUUUGUACAUGACCGGAGAUGCCGCCUGGAUGGACCUGCGAUUACCGAUGAAAUGUUCUGAAACGUUCCGGAAAGAGAAUUUCAUCGUCUUCAGCAAUCCGGACUUUGUGCGGAGCUUCCUUGUUGAGGCAGCCAUGGUCAGCAAGGAGUCUCUGUUUCUCGUAAAGGAAGAUGCCGAACCAGAAGAUAAAGUGAACCUUCUGCAUUUAUGUGGUGGUGGCACCUUGCUCAGCUUUUUAGGUUACUUCACCAAACUAGCAGUGUUUCCUUCCGCUCUGCCCUUGCGAUUGAUUGCUAACGGAAAGCAAUACGAGUUCAAUGGGCCACAGUCGAACGAAGUGCAUCUGUUUGGAGCCUCUAGAACAGCGAAAGAAGCAGAGGAGAUGUUUGACAGUGUUAUUCUCUCCUAUAGGCAGUUCUAUGAUCAGCUGCCUGUCGGUUAUCGGAUUGUUCAAGUACCAGCAUGCGAUCUUCGCCCCGUCGAAGCAAUGCGCGUCGAUAUUGAGUUAUUUGCUGAUAGGAAACAGCAAUAUGUUAAGGUUGGAGAACUGGUUUACUAUUCAGAUUUUAUCAGUAAACGAAUCGCAUUUAUCUAUCAAGAAGGCAAAACGCAACGUUUUCCACACCUAGUGGCAGGGACAGUAAUGCGUUCGCUUGAUUUGAUCAAGCUGCUACUAGAUAAUGGUGUACAGUUCAAAGAUCUUUCUCUACAUGAUGCUUACGAAAAGCAAUAAAAUCUUAUCCAACUCGUUGCUGAUUCCUGGGUUUGGGAU